UCGCCGCGGCCCCGCUGAGCCCCGCCGGCCGUAGCGGAGCUGCCCGCUAUGGGAGCGGGGAGCCGAGGGAGCGGGCGGCCGCGGGUGCCCGCUGCUGCCGUCGGUGGCGGGUUGCGGGGGGCGACAGCACCCGGAGGGGGACCGCUGAGGGAGGGGGAGAGAGGUGCUGGGAGGGAAGAGGAGGGCAGGGAAGGGCUGAAAUCCCGGGUAUGGCGGAGUCCCUGAGUCCCUGCGCCCCCCGGGGCCAGUGUCAAGCCAACAUGGGCACCAACGCCUCGUCGUCCAACAUGGACGCCAACGCCUCCUCAGCUGCCUCCGCGCUGGUGGGUGGCAGCUCGUGGAGGGGCAGGGAGCCCUUCUCCAUCUUCACCGUCCUCAUCCUGACCUUGCUGGUGCUCCUGACCAUCGCCACCUUCCUCUGGAACCUGCUGGUGCUGGCGACCAUCCUGCGGGUGAAGGCUUUCCACCGGGUGCCCCACAACCUCGUGGCCUCCACGGCGGUGUCGGACGUGCUGGUGGCGGCCCUGGUGAUGCCGCUGAGCUUGGUGAAGGAGCUGUCGGCCGGGCGGCGGUGGCGGCUGGGCCGGGAGCUGUGCCUCGUGUGGGUCUGCUUCGAUGUGCUGUGCUGCACGGCCAGCAUCUGGAACGUGACCGCCAUCGCCCUGGACCGCUACUGGUCCAUCACCCGCCACCUGGAGUACACGCUGCUCACUCGCCGCCGCAUCUCCAACGUCAUGAUCGCACUCACCUGGGCGCUCUCAGCUGCCAUCUCCCUCGCCCCCCUCUUUGGCUGGGGGGAGAGCUACAGCCCCGAGCAGGAGCGCUGCCAGGUCAGCCAGGAGCCCUCCUACACCAUCGUCUCCACCGGUGGGGCUUUCUACCUGCCCCUCUGCGUGGUCCUCUUCGUCUACUGGAAGAUCUACAAGGCGGCCAAGUUUCGCAUCGGGGGCCGCAAGAGGAACGCCGUGGUGCCCCUCCCUGAGGCUGCCCAGGUGAAGGAAGCUUCGCAAGAACCACAGAUGGUGUUUACAGCUCGUCAUGCAGCUAUCACUUUCCAGACAGAUGGAGAAACAUGGAGGGAACAGAAAGAGAAAAAGGCAGCUUUGAUGGUUGGCAUCUUAAUUGGAGUUUUUGUGCUGUGCUGGAUCCCUUUUUUCAUCACAGAAUUAAUAAGUCCCCUCUGUUCCUGCAACAUCCCACCCGUCUGGAAAAGCAUCUUUCUUUGGCUUGGCUACUCCAAUUCUUUCUUUAAUCCUCUCAUUUAUACAGCAUUUAACAAAAAUUACAACAAUGCCUUCAAGAACCUUUUUGUAAAGCAGAGAUAAAAGGGGACACGGAGGAGAAAGUGAUUCCUUUAUUGCAUAAUGCAGAGAUUUCUCGAAGGAGAUGUGCCUGUGAUAGAUGCAGUUUUCAAGCACAAGAGCUACUUAAGGGGAUUUAGCAACAGUGAAGGAGCUGGAAGAUUGUUGGAUAGAAACCUACCGACAGUUUGCAGUUCCCAUUUGGAAAUACAUAUAUGCUGCCCCAGGGUUUGGCAAAGAAAGAAGCAGUGAACAUCUCCCUUCUUUUCUUUGAAGCAAUGUGUGCUCAAGUCUACAAGCAGAGCGCUGGUUGUGUCUAAUACCGUGACUGCCAAAGCCAACCAGAGUGAUCCCAGCCAGGCAAACACAGGAGCCGUCCUGCAGCCUGCUCAUCUUAGCAAAGGCACUGAGGGGACUGCGAAGGGAGCAACACUGAAAUGUUGGAGAUGCGGGCAGGCUGCUGGCUUCGUUCUCGAGAUUUGUUUGGAAAGGAGGGAAUAAAUAUGCUGCGUUCAACCCAAAGCUUAGUCUAUGUGAAAUUAAGAAGGGUGACUAAGCAGCCCCAAACCACACCCUAGCAUAACUGAAGGGCUGCGUUCUCUUGCAAGCAGCAGCUCUCAGCUGGAAGUCCUGAUGAAGUAAAGGUCAGUUAUGUCCCCUGGGGUUACAUGAAGGUUUAGGGCCAAGUGUAAUGCUGGUCAGAGGUAGGUGACAAACUAGAAAUGUUUGUGCUGCCCGGAGUCCUUGCACUGUAAGUGUUGUACUCAUCAACCUAACCACAUCAAUUCCCCUAUUUGUAAUUUUUUAAUCAACUUUCUCCUCCUAUGAGAUAGGUAUUGAUGCCAUCAGAUCCAAGUGACUCCAAAAAAAAAAUCCUAACUGGCUUAGAAUCAAGCCUUAAAUUGUUUGCCCAACAUUUAAUUUCCCCAUCCCAACAAUAACAAAAGGAUGAGAAACAGAUACCCAUGCAUACUGCUCAAUCUGUCUCUCCAUAGUUGUCGCUCUAAUGGGUUUUACUCCCUCCCCUUUCCUGAGGGAGGAUGCCAACAGUGUUUCUGAAUAUUUCUAGCAUGGCAGCUCUACAUUGCAACAGAGUCCCAGCAGCAAGUUAGAUAGCUGCUCAGCUUCAUAACUGCCAACUUAAAUAAGCCUUUCCCUUGUGAAUCUCAUUUUGCCCGCAAAAGGAAGAGCUGGUGUUCAAACUAAAGGUUUGGAGGCUUUACCAUGGCUUGACAUCUGGAACUUGAGACAGCACUAUGAGGCCAGAAGAUUACCGUGCAAUUCUUGUCUGCUCGCACUGAUGCUGUUGCAAAGGCUGGUGAUGCAGCAGGGCUGUCUCAGCUAGCUUGAGAACUGAUAGUAGCAGGGCUACUGAUGGAGCAUGCACUGGAACUCCCCACCUUGUCAAAAAUUCAUUUAGCUUCCUUAAGAGGUGAAUUUUAGGCUUUAUAGUUUCAAUGUGAGUUCUCAGGAUAGCUUGUUUUGUGCUCUGCCCACCCAAGCAUCUGUGACAGCAGUGACUUGCUACACGGUGACGUGCUGCCACCAAGAGCAACCUGGCUCCAUAUCCAGAGACGAGAAACAUUUCACUACAGUGCACUUUUAGAAAGCUCUUAAAAUCAGCUUCCCACACUGGCUCUGUACACGUCUAUAUUUAGAAGAGAAGCAACACAUAUUCAGGAUGUGAAAUCCUGGAUUUCAAUCACAUAGAAGCUGGGUUGGGGGGGUGGUAGUAGGAGAACUGUGCUGCUCAGGGUCAAGGCUGAGCCUGCUGCCUCCUGUUUGAUGGCAGAGCAGGUGCUGCCAGCCCCUGACCACCCACACAGUAAGCUCCAGGUUUCACCCAUGGAUUUACGUACCAAACCCAGUAACCUGGUGCAGCAGGAGCAUCUCUUGGAUAGUCAUCAACCUUGAUUAAAAAAGCUGGAACGGUGCAUAAUUUUCUACCUCCCUUGGUACUUUAUUUCCGUGAUUAAUUACUCUCACUACUAAAACUUGGAACUUUAUUCUAAUUGAAAAAAGAGGAAAGUAGAAUGAAGCAUGGAGGCAUUCCUCCUUCUGGCAGUUCACACAUUAGAGUUCAGAUCUGACAUUACCGCUGUGCUGUUACCCUUAGCUUCAAGACAGACCAAAGAAUAUAUGGAAAAUACAACUCCCAUGUGCAUUACAGUAAACGAUACAGGAUCGUGAAUAUACGACUAGAGAGAAGAAAAAAGAAAAAGCUGUUCUGAAAAGUAAGCAUUUGACAGUGCUCCAACAUUGGGUCAUUUAUUUCCCCAAAUACUAGUUGCCCAUUUGGAAUACACCAGUUUUCUCUGCCCAUACUGAAUCUGUUCCUAGAACUCAGUGGGACUAUUGCUCAGCAGAAAGUUCGUUGCUGCAACCUGCAGCAAGGCUCUGAACCCUGCAGUGCUACAUAAAUUAAGGUCUCAGGUUUUUUGUGCUCUUGGAAUCAAUCCACAGAUUGUGCAGAAAUCCAAAAGCUUCAGAAGAGCUUCAGAAGAUGAAAAAGUGCAGCAAAUGAGAAAAUGAGCAUUUUUAAACGAAAACAUAACCACUUAAGAACCAUCCUCCUGUCUUUGAGAAUUCCACUUAAGAGUUACCUCCUGAUACUGCCUUUCACUUUGAAAAAUAGCUGUCAUCAUUUUAGUGGAAUCCAAAAUUAAUUUGUUUGGUUCUGUUUAGCAGGAUUGUCAUAUUUAUAGUGCUAGAGCAUCAUGGAUACUGUUCCCAAAAAUCACCUUCCCACGAGUAUUCAUAGCAUGAUGUACACUUGCUCCUCCACAGUAGAAGUGGCUGGGGACAGAAUGAUCAAGUAGUUAGCCUGACAGGCAUCAUGUUCAACAGGAGGAGGAACAAAGUUGGCUGUUAGAAGUGCCAUUUUCUUAUACUACUUCUUGAUUUCCCCACAAGUAUCAGAAGAAAUGCUACCUCCAAUGUACACGUUAGAAGAAUAAUUACAGAUUUUACAGAGGGCAAAGUUUGUAGACAUCAUUUAUGUCUACUGCUAUCAAAGCUGACUAGAGAAUGUCUGCAAGUAGCACUCAGUCCAGAUCUCCUUCCUCAGGUACUCCAGUAUUUAAUUUUGCCUAGAUUUUUAAAAUACAUAUGAAGAGAAGCAGCCGGCUCAUAUUCAGUCACUAACUAGUUGGGGGGAGUAAGGUACAAACUGGCUCAGUGCAAAGGUUCUUUUUAUUUGUACUGAAGGAACAGGAAAAGUGUUUCUGGUUGUCACAAAAACAGAGUCUUGUUUAUGAGAAGGCACAACACAUUGAAUCUAGCCAACCACGGUUGGGGUAGCUCACCACAUCUUACCCAGACAGAAUGUCAACAAUCUCCUUACACCAAUCUUAACAAAUCCAUAAAUUUCUCCAUUUAACACUACAGGCUCUGCAUGAGAUCACAUACAACUAUCGAACCUUCCUGUCCUCAAAUGAAGUGGAAUCAGGUAGCGUGAUAAACGUGUACCAUCUCCACCAAGAAUUCUGUGUGGUGAGCAGAUGCCUGUGCAAGACACAUCUAACCCUUCCAUGGAUCCCCUUGGCAUACAGCAGGUCUGAUAGUUUAUCCCAAAUACUGAAACAUCAAGCUUAACAAGAGCAGCAAGAGAGAAAAUGUUACUGAAUGCUAUAUGACACAUGAAAACAUUUCUAUGACUGAAUAUCAAAAUACUACAUUUACACAAUUCAUCUUUAAUGCACUUGUAAUUCAAAAGCAUAUUAAGGCUUCUAAAGCUGCCCUUUAACAUGGCCUAAAGUGCCACCUCAAAAACAAUAGCAGAAGGUCACUGGAUUCUAAACAUCUUUUUAUUUUAUAUGUGCUGCCAUAGAAAGUAAUCUAACAGCAGUGUCAAUGUUACUGGGGAAGAAGAAUGUGUUUUUCCUUUUCCUGAACAAAAUAUGUGAUGUACAUUAAGUCAGUCCAAAAUCCUGAUGUUAAGUACAAAAAACAACUGCUUGAAUUAUAAAAUACUGUAUAUACAGAUAUAAAAGUGUUUCAGAAAGUGUUCCACAAAGUUUCUAAACUUUCAAGGACAGAUCUUCGGCAGGGUAGAUAGGUUGUCUUCAAAGGUGAGCAUCAGUUCAUUUGAGUAGAAAGUCUGAAUCUUUAUCUUCCUAUGUUACAGUUGACACAGACUUUGAUUUUCAUCCCAGCUAGGGAUAAUGCGAUGGUCCUAGGGAUUAGGGUGUUUUUUCCUGGAGCUAUUAAUUUAACAAGCACAUACUCUAUAUAUAAAAAUGAAAUUUCAAAGAAAUUUAUACAACAGCUAGACUUUAUAAAAAUAUAGAUCUAUAGUUUUACAUGAGGAAUUAUCCAAGGUAAGUUUCCAUUUCCUUUUGUCUUGACCAUUAGAAAUUGAUUUUUAUCCUUUGGAAUCUUAUCUAUAGCUAGGAGUGUAAAUUAAAAUAAUAUGGAGUUACUAGCUGGUGAAGAGUCUCAAGAACCAUUUUUGUGUUUAUUUUUUGGCCAAAAUUAACAAGCUAUCGCAUCCUGCAGUGCUCAUCUUAUGGUACCGGACAUAUUAAACAGUCCAUAUCUACUUAUUCCAGAGUUUUGAUGUACUUCAGUGUUAAAGCCCAAAUAAAAACCAUCUUAAUUGUU